AUGGACAAGGAGCAGUUGCUUGAUUCUGUCUUUUGCAUCUUGGAUCACUCAUUGGCAAUAAACAACCAGCAGACAUCCUGGCUUAGAACACAAGCCGACUUAUCAUUUGCCUUGAAGCAUUACUGGUCCUGUAUGAAGUUCUUCAUGCAUCUCGGUGUCGUCGCCACUGAUUACUUCUCGGAACCUCUCACGAAGAAUGUCUAUGACGAUCAGGUCUACAAGAAAAUGAUCCAUUCGUGCAUUCAACUGAAUCUACACACUCAAGCAGCUGUCUUGUGUCAAUUCUUGGAGGACGUGGAUUAUCCAACUGCCUUCAAAUGUUUGCAAGAGCGAGGAACGUGCUUCGACGCUAUGGACGCUUACUACAGAUGCAUCUGGGAUGUCACCAUGCUCGAAUACAUCAUCAAUAUGCAUCACAGGAAGGGAGAAAUUGAAAAGAGAAAUUUCGCAGUCCACCUGGUUGGAAAGCUGGAAAUGAACAGCAACAACAGAGCCGAUGUGCAGUACGAACUGUCGAAAAUGAAGAAGGCUCAGUUCAUGCGCAUCCUCUGCCAGCAGUUCCUCGUCAAAACUUUCAAUGAAGACUCAACACCUACCUUACUACAUUAA